AUCAUUAUACAUUCGAACUUGCAGCAUCGCAUUCACCUUCAUCUCCCCCCUCCGCACUCCUUUCUCACCCUCGGUUCGCACACCGCAGCUGUCAUGUCGUUCUUUGGCUUUGAUACCACGCUUCCUAACGAUCGUCCUCCCGCACGGGAGUCGAGGGGUAUUUUUGAGGCCCCUGAUCCUUUCUCCGAAGUUGCUCGUGCCACAGCGCAUGGAUUCACCGAUGGCGAUGACGCAAUUGACUUUGAGGACACCUACGACGGGUUGGGAGACCGGCUCGACGAUGCCCAAGAUGCCUUUAACGAAGACACUUUCGGAGAGGCGGCGGGGAAUGAGGAUAAACCUGUGGGGAAAGACUUUGACUUCUUCGGCCAAACGGCUCAGAUGACCAACAUUUUGGGUGAAGAGCAAGUGCUUUACAACCUGAAGCACCAAAACGAACAACCCCAACCCUCCGUUUCGCCCGAUGCAGCCCCGAAACCGAAAAGGACAGGCUAUGAGCCAUACCAGGACCCCGGGUAUAUCCCUGAGAUCCAAGCGAAAUCCAGUGUCUGGGGAACAGGAAUUACACAAAAAGUAAAGACAGAACAGCCAAAACCGGCUGCUCCAUCCAAAAAGAUGAUGAGCUUGGAAGAAGUUGAAGCACAGAUGCGCGCGCAAUCACAACGACCGCAGCAUGCAACCGAAGCUACUGCUCCUCCGCCGUCUCAGCAGUUCCCCGCGACCAUCCCGCAAGGAGCACUUUCUAAUCUAAGAUUCCCCGAACAGCCCUUCCCCCAGCCCGACACAUUCCCUCAACUUCAACAAAAAGAUUUUCCUCCGUUAAACCAACACCAGCAGUACCCACCGCCGCAAGGUUUUCAGCGCCAGCCUCCACGGCCUUUCCCUGAACAGAAACCAAGGCAGAAUAUGUCAAUCCAAGCCCUACAGCAUCAGAAUCGUAUGCCAAGCAUUCCUCAGAGACACUCUGGGCUACAAAUUCAAGGUCAUUAUCCACACGCCGCGCCAUCGGCAACUACAGGGCCGCAGCUACCUUCAAUCGCCGCAAUGCACCCACAGUUCGCGCAGCUUUCCGAAGAACAUCGCAGGGCACUUUUGGCAGAGGAUGCGAAACGUGCCAAGCGAAAUCAUAAAAUUCACCUUCUCUCGAAAGGAAAUGGCUUGAUGACCCCGCAAGAUAAAAACUUUAUUACCCGGAUACAGCUACAGCAGCUAGUGUCGGCAACAGGAAAUACGGGAGAGACAGAUACCGAUUCCCUACUGUCAGAAGACUUUUAUUAUCAAGUGUAUAGCCAAAUUCGCGGUGCACCCCGACAGCACCCAAGACAGCCUCUCGGUCAUUUUGCCCAGACCUAUCUUUUCCAAACCGGUAGCCGCUCGGGGGGCCAUAUGGGCCGAAGGCAGUAUCAGAACGCUGACAAUCACAUGCAACGCAUGCAGCAGCAAGUUCAGCGUGCUGUUGAAGCUGCGAAACUGCGCCCAAAAAACAAGCAACUGAUAAUUGAAGGUAGUUUAGGGAAAAUUUCAUUCAGCAAUGCCAAAACCCCAAGGACACUCCUCAAUAUCAAACGCCCCGAUAGCGCGGAUGGUCAUAAGCCAGCCAAUGUCAAGAAAGGAGCUCAAACCGGGCUUAGUCCGAGUGACCGCAAGUCUAUCUUAAAUAACAUCGAAAAUGCAUACGAUACAUUGAUGAGAAUGGAGGAUCACGAACGAAAAAUGCCUCCACCACCCGACGCUGAAGAUGCAGAAGCUGUGCAGAAGCAUCUUGAAUGGAGACAGAAGAUGGAUGCUCUCAAUCGAAAGUUAUGGACUGAUAUGAAAGUCCACGAACCUAUAUUCCCCGGUUCUACAACGACCCAUCCUUUUAUUGCGUUCCUGUCUUAUCCUAAGGGCAAAAAGGCGAUCCCUCGAAUAUUCCGCCAUAUAGACCAGGAGCAACGAGUCACCAUUCUCACUAUGAUAAUCGUUCAUUUAGAUUCGCUAGACGUCGUCCAGCGAGCACAGUUACAGCCCGGGGAAACCCAGCCCCCUGGACCUGUCCGCGAGGAGAUUGAUUUGUUUUCGCAAGCCGUUAUGCCGAGUCUAUUGGGUUACGUCACCGAAGCUCCUCUCAAAUUCAUCAUUGGGCUUGUCGGUCUCGUCAUCUUCCGGACGAACGUCCAGGCGGUAUCUAAGACACGGAUAGGCCUCGGCAUCUUGACUAUGCUGUUAAGUCGUGCGGAGUUGGUAAAGGAAGCUGGCGCAGUGGACGAUGAGGAAUGGAAACAAUGGACAGAUCUUUAUAAUCAGCUGUUUGACCGGCUAGAACCGAUUCUCGGCAGCAUUUUCCCAGGAACUAUUAAUAGCGGAGAUGAUAUGUAUGUGUGGCAGUUUCUCGCCGCUGUUGGCAUUGGAGCAAGCCCAGAGCAACAGCAACGGUUGGUUAUUGCGGUCAAGGACCGAGUUAUGGAGACAGUCGCUCAGAGCAAAACACUACCAGCGGACAUGGCCAGUCAACGACUUGGUAAUGUUAACUUGUUCAUGCGCGCUCUUGGACUUGAUGUGGAACUUCUAGGAUGA